UCAUCGCUCCGAGCCGGCGACCGUGCCCGCGGGCCGCCGCCCGAGACCGCGGCCGGGCUGACGCCCCUCAGGUAAGGCGCCCUCCUCCGCACCCUGCGCCCUUUUCCGAGCUCCUUCCUUCCCUUUUCCGAUGUUCCGAGGGCGCUGCGCGGGUUCCGCCGCCGCCUCUGCAGUUGGGACCCCGCGGUGGCCAUGCUGACCCGUGGGGUAGGGGGGCUCUGGUGCCAGCGUCUCGGCGACGGAGGGUGUUUCUCCCGGUCCACGUGGUGCCGCUGGGCUGCUGUCCGUGAAUCCUAGCGAGGAGGGGUGCUGGGCCCCCGAGCCUAAGCCAGGGCUGGGAGAGGCGACCCCAGCAGUCAGUGCCGGUGGAGAAAGAUGUCUUGGCCCCGCCCCUGAACCAGGAGCCACCAUGUUGGUGAUACCCCCCGGACUGAGCGAGGAGGAGGAGGCUCUGCAGAAGAAAUUCAACAAACUGAAGAAAAAGAAAAAGGCAUUGCUGGCUCUGAAGAAGCAAAGUAGCAGCAGCAUAGCCAGCCAAGGCGGCGUGAAACGCUCUCUGUCAGAGCAGCCCGUGGUGGACACAGCCACCGCAACGGAGCAGGCGAAGCAGCUGGUGAAGUCGGGAGCCAUCAGUGCCAUCAAGGCUGAGACCAAGAACUCGGGCUUCAAGCGUUCUCGAACCCUAGAGGGAAAGUUAAAAAAAGAAAAACACAAAGGAAUUAAAAGGAAAAAAGGCCAGCAGAAGGUCUCUACCUCCUUCCAGGACCCUGAGAAGGGGCCGGUCCCCACUUUCCAGCCGUUCCAGAGGAGCAUAUCUGCGGAUGACGAUCUGCAGGAGUCGUCCAGACGUCCCCAAAGGAAAUCUCUGUACGAGAGCUUUGUUUCUUCCAGUGACCGACUUCGGGACCUGGGGCCAGAAGGGGAGGAGGCAGAGGGCCCAGGGGCUGGUGAUGGCCCUCCUCGAAGCUUUGGUAACGCCCGCUCCUCAGUCUCCCCUCCCCGAAGCCGCAGCCGGGACCGCAGUCGUGAGCGGAACCGGGACAGAGAACGGGACCGGGACAGAGAACGGGACCGGGACAGAGAACGGGACCGGGACAGAGAACGAGACCGGGAGCGAGACAGAGACCGAGACCGGGACCGAGACCGGGACCGAGACCGAGACCGAGAAGGCCCUUUCCGCAGGUCGGACUCGUUCCCUGAACGCCGGGCCCCUCGGAAGGGGAACACUCUCUACGUGUAUGGGGAAGACAUGACGCCCACCCUCCUCCGUGGGGCCUUCUCCCCCUUCGGAAACAUCAUUGACCUCUCCAUGGACCCACCCAGAAACUGUGCCUUCGUCACCUAUGAAAAGAUGGAGUCAGCAGAUCAGGCCGUUGCUGAGCUCAACGGGACGCAGGUGGAGUCCGUGCAGCUCAAGGUCAGCAUUGCCCGCAAACAGCCCAUGCUGGAUGCCGCCACUGGCAAGUCUGUGUGGGGCUCCCUCGCCGUCCAGAACAGUCCUAAGGGCUGCCAUCGGGACAAAAGGACCCAGAUUGUCUACAAUGACGAUGUCUACAAGGAAAACCUUGUGGAUGGCUUCUAGGUGGCGGAGUGAACUGCUUGUGCCCCGCCUGCCCCGACACUGGUCUCAGUAAAGCACCGAGGUGGAAGCUCACACACCUCCCUCAGCCUCUGGUUUCUCAGCACUGGGGAUUGGGUUGAGCCUUUUACAACGGCUGUUAGAUUUUAUCUCAUUUGUGGCAAGAUGGCCAGUGCACCUUCCCCACUCCCUUACCCCAAAGGAUGUUGAACACA